AUGCAAACGACAUUUUUUGGAAUGAAACGAAAUAAAGAACAUAUAAUAAAUUAUGAUGGAGUGCCGCUAAUAAUUCAAUGCCUAUAUGAUAAAAAUGAAGAGAUAAUGCUUUCUGCAAUUACAACUUUGAUGUUUCUUUUAACGGACAAUGAAGAAAAUGAAGAUAUUUUGUCAGAGUCUGUUAAAAAACGCCUGGAGCACUUGGCUCAAUUAGAAAAUAAGCGCUUAAAGAAUUUGGCAACAAUAUUUUUACAAGACUACUUUUCAAAAGCUUAA